CUCCUUUCACUUGACAUGUCUUUAGGAUUUAUUCAGUCACGUCUCCAGCUCAGCCGCUCCAGCAGAGGUCGCCAGUUAAACCAGCUGCGCGUUCUUUCACAGCGCGCCCGUUCUCUGCGCAUGCGCGAGCCUCUUCCCUCCCCGCAGGAUCAAACCGCUGCCUGUCCGCGCCGCCGAAACGCCGAGCCGACAAUGGCACAACUGGUGGGACCUCUCCGCAAAGAGCUCGCCGACUCCCUGUCCUCCUGCCGGGUGCUGGUGGUCGGCGCGGGAGGCAUCGGCUGCGAGCUGCUGAAAAACCUGGUGCUCACCGGCUUUAAGAAUAUUGAAGUGAUCGAUCUGGACACCAUUGACGUCAGCAACCUUAACAGACAGUUCCUGUUUCAGAAGAAACAUGUUGGAAAGUCUAAAGCUCAGGUUGCCAAGGAGAGCGUGCUGCGGUUCUGUCCAUCUGCGAACAUCACUGCCUACCAUGACAGCAUCAUGAACCCAGACUACAACGUGGAAUUCUUCCGAAAUUUCCAGCUCGUCAUGAAUGCUUUGGACAACAGAGCGGCCAGGAAUCACGUCAACAGGAUGUGUUUGGCUGCUGACAUUCCCCUCAUUGAGAGCGGCACAGCUGGCUAUCUGGGACAAGUCACCGUUAUCAAGAAGGGUCAGACGGAGUGCUACGAGUGCCAGCCCAAACCUACGCAGAAAACCUUCCCAGGUUGCACCAUUCGCAACACGCCCUCAGAACCCAUUCACUGCAUCGUGUGGGCCAAAUAUCUCUUCAAUCAGCUUUUUGGUGAGGAGGAUGCAGAUCAGGAGGUGUCACCUGACACAGCUGACCCUGAGGCUGCUUGGAACCCUGCAGACGCAGCAGCCCGAGCCACAGCCUCCGAUCAGGAUGGAGACAUCAAGCGAGUGUCUACUAAAGAGUGGGCUCGAUCCACGGGCUACGAUCCUGUUAAACUCUUCAACAAGCUUUUUAAAGAUGACAUCAUGUAUCUGUUGACCAUGGAUAAGUUGUGGAAGAAGAGAAAAGCCCCAUUACCUCUAGAUUGGACUGAAAUCCAGCAGACUGAAUGUUCUCAGGAGGAGGCCUGUGGCACAGGUCUGAAGGACCAGCAGGUGUUGGGCGUUCAAGGUUACGCUCAGCUCUUCCACCGCAGUGUGGAAACACUCCGAUCUCAGCUGACAGAGAAGGGUGAUGGUGCAGAGCUAGUCUGGGACAAGGAUGAUCCUCCAGCCAUGGACUUCGUAACAGCAGCCUCAAAUUUGCGCAUGAACGUCUUCAGCAUGAACAUGAAAAGCCGCUUUGAUGUCAAAUCCAUGGCGGGGAACAUCAUUCCAGCAAUAGCCACCACUAAUGCAGUCAUCGCUGGUCUCAUUGUUAUGGAGGCUCUGAAGAUUCUCAACUCAGACUUCGAGCAGUGUCGCACGAUCUUCCUGAAUAAGCAGCCAAACCCCAGGAAAAAGCUUCUUGUACCAUGUGCACUGGACCCUCCCAAUGCCAGCUGUUACGUGUGUGCCAGCAAACCUGAGGUCACAGUCAAACUCAAUGUGCACAAGACCAUUGUGCAAGCUCUUCAGGACAAGAUACUGAAGGAGAAGUUUGGCAUGGUGGCACCAGAUGUGCAAAUAGAAGAUGGAAAAGGAACGAUCCUCAUCUCUUCAGAGGAAGGAGAGACUGAAGCAAACAAUAACAAGUUUUUGUCUGACUUUGGGAUUCGGAAUGGGAGCCGUCUUCAAGCAGAUGAUUUCCUGCAGGAUUACACUCUCAUAGUCAAUGUAAUUCACAGCGAGGAAUUGGAAAAGGAUGUCGAGUUUGAAGUAGUAGGUGACGCCCCAGAUAAGGCGCCCGCACCAAGUGCCCCAGAAGAAGGGAAAAACAUUGCCAACGGGAACAAAGAUUCUGCCCAGCCGUCUACCUCAUCUAAAGCAGCUGCAGAGGACGAUGAUGUCCUUAUCGUAGACUCGGACGAAGAACCGUCCUCGAGCACCAUGGACGCUUCCCAGGAGUCUAGUAACCGCAAGAGGAAGCAUCAUGAUGCUGAUACAGAUGACGCUGCGUCCAAGCGCAAGCGCCUCGACCAGCAGCCGGCCGAUGAUGAUGAAGACAUCAUCGCUCUUGACUAGCGCCAUUGACAAGAUUUCACCUGCCCACAAUAGAGGAUUUUCCUCCAGUUGAAUUUUUGUACGGUUUCUCUUACCAAACAUGUAAAUAUAUCUGUACAAUAAGGUUCAAGCUCAAUGGAUGUCGUCUUUUCCUUCUGUCCUUUGUUUUUGGGAACAGAAAACGGCUGGUUUAUGAACUACACUCGGUUAGGUUUUCCUCAAGAUGGAUAAAAUGCUUUUCAACUUUGUAUUUUUUACAACGCGUGUGUCUUCGUAUUUUGCAGUGGUUUAGAAAGGCUGACAAAAGUGCUCACGGUAUUUGGAUGCGUUUGUUUUUUUUUAAUUUUAUCUUCAAAACCAUAUUCCAUAUUUAUUACAGGUUGUUUUUGUUGACAGCCUCGGUAAUAUUUCUGAUCACCAAAUCAUUUUACAGUAACAAUGUAUUACUGUAUGAUGGCUUGUAUGUCUUCUGUUGCAUUGCUUUAGAACCACAAAGAAAAAUAUUGUGAGUUACCUUUUUUUAAGAAAAUACAUUCAGACAACUAUUUA